CGAAAUCGCGUGUUGACAGAUUUUCAAGUAUCAUAGUUAAACGGAUUCUGUUUUCUAUCUAUACAGUCAUGCUAAUAUCGUAUUAGUUGAUUUUUGUUUUCUUUGUUACGACGUAUUAUGCUUUCAUGAUAAUAUUACUCGAUCAUCAUAACCGUUAACCGCCAAAACGCGUAUUUAGAUCAUCUUUGUGCAAUGCUUUUUUUCAAGUGUGUGAUGUACAUACGUCAUUCCAAGGGGAGUACUUUUCCCAUUCACGUUCAAUGAUUCACUAAAAAAAGUCGUACGUUCGUGACAUUCAGAUUGUCGAUCUGCGUUUAUAUCGUUUUGUAUUUUAAACUCGCGGUUGAAGUUGUACUGUAAAAUAUCCGUUUAAGCUCGGAAAAUAAUUACACCAGAGAAUAUUUAUAAUUAUUACUUUAAGAGUUUAUAAUGGCUUCUCGUAAGAAACUGUUGCUUAAGGUUAUUAUCCUUGGAGAUUCAGGAGUUGGUAAAACUUCUCUUAUGAAUCAGUAUGUAAGCAAGAAAUUUAGCAAUCAGUAUAAAGCUACCAUAGGUGCAGAUUUUCUUACCAAAGAAGUAAGGGUAGAUGAUAGGAUAGUAACAAUGCAGAUUUGGGAUACAGCAGGCCAAGAAAGGUUUCAGUCUUUAGGUGUUGCUUUCUACAGAGGUGCUGAUUGUUGCGUCCUUGUGUUUGAUGUAUCUGCACCAAGUAGCUUUAAAUCAUUAGACUCAUGGAGAGAUGAAUUCCUGAUCCAAGCUUCUCCUCGGGACCCAGAUAAUUUUCCAUUUGUUGUUCUUGGAAAUAAAGUUGAUUUAGAAUCCAGAGCGGUUUCUAGUAAGAGAGCACAGCAGUGGUGUCAAUCGAAAAACAAUAUUCCAUACUUUGAAACCAGUGCUAAAGAGGCCAUUAAUGUUGAACAAGCGUUCCAAACAAUAGCAAAGAAUGCUUUAGCACAGGAAAGUGAGGUGGAAUUGUACAAUGAAUUCCCAGACCAAAUUAAAUUGACUAAUGACCAAAGAAACAAUGGCAAGGGUGAUUCUUGUGCCUGCUAGGUCUUGGAAUGGUGAAAAUUUUGGAUAAGCACAUAGAUGCACAGGUCAGAUCGUACAUUCGCGUACCUGCGCAUUUUGAGAAAUCGAGCUUGAUGUGUUUUAGAAGUCUUAAGUAUGCACCUUGGUUUUGUUCAUUCAAACUUCAAUUUGAAAUAAUUUUCGAAGUGUUCAUUCUUAAAAUUUUUUUUUUUUAAUUAAAACUAAAUAGAUAAAUAAGUAAUAUGAGAUUUAUCAUCGAUGCAUUUUAAAUAAUAAAAUUUAAAAAGUUUUCUACCAAGGAGCAUUCAUCUGGCUUCCUUACAUGAGAGACUAUGUUGUAUUUUAUAUCGUGUAUUUGUGCUAUACUUGACUCAACAAAUGGAUGUUUGGUUAGCCAAGCAAUACGUUCAACACAUUUCUGAAGAUUCUAACGCUCUCUUAUCGGGUAUGGCGAACAGUAUGAGCUACCCUUUUCAAUUGCAUCUUAAUGACUGUUAAUGCCCUUCAUUGUGGAGCGAUGCUAAAACGUUUUCGAACCACAUAGACAUAUGUCGAGAGGAAAAUUCAUGGGCUGGGAACACACUUUAGCAUAACAAUUAGAUCAUUGCAAGUUUGCUCAUGAUUCAUUAAGUACAAUCGCAUUUACUGGGGAACUCUAGAAAACAUUUCUGGGUAGACUGGUUUAAUUAUCACUGGGAGUGUAGCUUUUUAUCAAGUGGAAAUUGUUCAUAAUUAAACAUAACUGAUACAUAAACGGUACGCGAUAAUUUUAUGAGGGGAAAUGUUUAUUAAAAUUGUCCGAUUAUUUAAUUUCUUUUUUUAUGUCGCUCGAAAUGCAAUAAAUUUUCAGAAACGUGUACAGUAAUUGCAUACCUCCGAAUGAUAGUAAAUUUGUGUAACAACAUCAUGAUACUUGUCGCGAGAUAUCACGACGGUCUUCAUCUCAAAAGGCUAGUGCGUUUUCGAGGAGAAAAUUCCUUUUUUAAAACCAACUUAAUAGUUGGGAUAAUUUGUUAUUUGAUAUUCUCGAUGCGCCCAUAAUAUUUGCAUAAUUAGUAUUUUCACGCAUCCUUUAAAUUCCUUCCCCUGAAGUGAGAGUUCUGAACCGCGAUGCAGUUAGAUUUUUGAAACUUAAUUGUAUACAAGUUUACCAGGUGCAAUUAUAACAAUUAAAAAGACGUUUUUGUGUGGAACAUAUCAUAUACAAUGUAUCAGCGUAUUAGUUUUUAAAAGUUUUAUACCUUUGUUGUGUUACAUUCAAUGUUAUAAUAUAUCUAUGAUUAUUAAUUCUAUCUAACAAAAUAAUUUAGCAUUGCAAAACGUUUUUGACUAAUUUUCUUUUUCUCUAAAAUGAAUUUUUUACAACGAAAGUAUAAAUGUCUUUUAUGUACAGUAAUUAAUCUUUAUCAAAAGUAUUAAGAAAUUUCUACAAACAGCAUUGUUAUUCGUUCCGAAAAUCCAUGCGACGCGGUGCCGACGAUCACUUCUAUAUUAAAAAGAUUUAUAAUUUUAGAUCUAAAUCAUAAUACUGAAAGAUGUAGAGCAACAGAUUGUGUGAGCUGAAUUGAUAUAUAUAUAGCUAUAAGAUUUCUUAUGAAAAAGGUUUAGCACGUGUACCAUACGCGUAUACAUAUGACCGUACAGAAAUCCACGCUGUAAACAAGCGUAAUCAUACAUGUACGCGUAUGCACGUAAUUAUAUAUGUAUAUAAAUGAUGAUGGUCAUGACGAUUACAACUAUAAUUAUUAAUAUAAUUUUAUCGAAAUAUGUUAAUGAUAGAUAUAUAAAUAUUAUCAUUAUUGCUGCUGCUGCUGAUGCUGCUAUAAAACUACUAUUGCUAUUCUUAGUUUUUAAGUGAACUAAAACAAAAAAAAGUAAAAAGAAAGGAGAAAUACAUUUAUUGCAACAAAAUUACGAGCUGGUCGAAUUGAUUUGUUGAUUAUUACUGUGCCACGGAUGAUCAUCGCGUGACUUGAAAAUAAUAAAAAAGAUAUAUAUAUAAGAUUAUCAUUAUCCCUAUCAUUAUGGCUCGAUGUCUAUAUUGUUAUUAAUUGAAAUGAAUGUUAAGAUAGGUAGUAAAAUUUAGCAGACCUGUACGAAGUAGCACGUAAGACUAAUAUAUAACUGAUUAGCACCAAUUUAGUAACUGUGAAAGAUAAUGAAACAAAAAAAAAAAAUAUGGCUCUUUCCAAGUAAGAAGGUAGUCUGUAAUGCAGUGUAGUUUUAUUCGAAGAGUUUUAAUAUCUUGUUAUGUUCCAACCAAUGUAAAUUGAAUAUUUACCCUUGUACGAAUGUAAGAAAAUAUUCGUUUUUACAUAA